AAAAGGCUCUCGAAAAAUUAAUCGCUGCUCUCGAACAAGCGAUUAAAAACAAAAAUAAAAAUGAAGUUGAAAGCCAAAGCAAAAAAUUACAAGAGUUUGUGAAUAGUCAAGUUGAUUACAAAAAAUUGGCUUAUGAAAAGAAAAGAGAUGAAGUUCAACGAUUAUUAGACCAAGCCAAAAAUUAUUCUACUCAAAAUAGUCAAAAUAAUGAAGGAUUUUUCCGUCCUAAUAAUCCGCUAAUGUGGGUUUCAGGAGUGGCAGUAGUGGGUAUAGUGGCAGGAGCAAUAUUAAUUAUUCGUUCACGAAAAAGAAAAGCAGCAAGAAAUAUUGCUGUAAGCAAAAGAGAAAUUAAGCAACCACCAAUUACUUUUCGUGUCAAAGCCAAACAAGAGGAGCCAAAAAUAAUUAAUUUAGAGGUUUAUUUAGAAAAAUUGACGGCCCAGUUAAGCGAUGGGCGAGAAUUAAGUAUUCCUAUUGAUUGGUUUGCUAAGUGGGGAGUAAAAGGAAUUAACGCGAAUAAAUUGAAAAAUUACGAGAUAAAAAGAGGAAAAAACAUUUAUUUUCCGAACAUAGAUGAAGUGCUGGGGAUGGAAGUUUUUAUCCAUGGUUUUGAUGCUCCGU